AUGGAUGAGUUGAAGAUCCUUAGAAAGAUGAUGAAAGACGAGGAGAAACGGACGAGGCAACGAGUGGCUGCUCGAGCUCGAAAUGCUCGCUACUGUGAAUGCCUUGCACGGGCGCUCAUGACUAUGGCCCUUAUUUGGACUAUACUUAUUCAGUUGCUGCACUUUUCACAGCAACCCUCAAGAGAGUACCAGAGCAAUGGAUAUUUAACUGUUUCAGCUAAUGGAGGACUGAAUCAAAUGCGUUCUGGGAUAUGUGACAUGGUAGCCAUUGCAAGAUACAUGAAUGCCACUCUUGUGAUUCCUCAGUUGGACACCAAAUCUUUCUGGAAAGAUCAAAGCCAAUUCAAGGAUAUAUUCGACAUCGAUCAUUUCAUAAGCUCGUUGAGGGAUGAGGUGAAGAUUGUAAAACAACUUCCACCAGAUAUGAAGAAGAUGGUGGAAAUGAAAAGACAUAUUUCAAUGCAACCUGCUAGCUGGUCCAACAUAUCAUACUACACUGACAAGGUUCUUCAUGGAGGCCUGAAGAAGUACAAGAUUCUGCAUUUUCAGAAAACCGACUCGAGGCUAGCAAACAAUGGACCUCUGGAGGUUCAAAAGGUUCGUUGCAAGGCGAACUAUGAGGCCCUGAAGUUUACGGUUCCAAUCGAGAAGAUGGGGAAAAAGAUAGUGAAAAUAAUGAGACAGAAGAGUACUUUCCUAGUCCUCCAUCUUAGGUACGAAAAGGAUAUGCUUGCUUUUUCAGGUUGUAAUCAAGGCUGUACUAAUAGAGAAGCAAAAGAACUGGAUGAACUGAGAUAUUCAAUUCCAUGGUGGAGGGAGAAGAAAAUAAAUUCGACCUCGAGGAGAUUAGCUGGUUCAUGUCCAUUGACCCCUGAGGAAACUGCAUUGACCCUUCAAGCAUUGGGCGUUGACCGGGAAAUGCAGAUUUAUAUUGCUGCAGGAGAUAUAUAUGGAGGAGAAAAUAGAUUGGGACCCUUGAGAGCAGCAUACCCAAAUUUGGUCAAGAAGGAGACAUUGUUGACACCCUAUGAGCUAUUGCCUUUCAAGAAGCAUGCAUCCCAAAUGGCUGCAUUGGACUACAUAGUGUCCCUUGAGAGCGACAUAUUUUUCCCGACUUAUGGAGGUAAUAUGGCAAGACUAGUCGAAGGGCAUAGAAGGUACCUAGGAUUCAGGCCCACCAUACAGCCUGAUCAUAAAGCAUUGGUUCAUCUAAUAGACAAAUAUGAGAAAAAUAAGAACUGGCAUGAGUUCAAGCAGGGAGUGAUGAGAGCUCAUAAAGGUCGAUAUGGAAAUUCUGCAAAAAGAAGAAUCAUACCUGGAAAGCCCAAAGACGAGGACUUUUUUUGGUCUAACCCUGAAGAGUGCUUAGGACAAACAUAA